AUGGGGAUUGACCUGACGUGCCCUCUGUAUGCUAUGGAGCCAGAGACUGCUGUGCACUCUCUGCUGCUCUGCUCCUUUGCUCAGGCAGUGUGGUUCACUUGUCCUUUGGGUUUGCAAGUGGCGACUUGCCCAGUAGGUUCGGUGAGUCAGUUCUUGGCUGAGGUAGUGUUUGAGGCGGAUGAGGUUGUUAUUUUGUGUGCUGCUGCUGUUAUGGAGGCGCUGUGGGAAUGCAGAAAUAAGGUUGUGUUCAAGGAUGGGGUGGCAACGGUGCAGGGGGUGGUCCGACGGGUGGCCCGGUUGAUGGAGGUCAUAGUGGAGGAGCCGGUGGCUUCUUCUUCUGCAGCAGCAACAACAUCAUGUUUGGAGCAUGCCCUCUCUCCGGCGGUGGCGGAGGCACAAGCUUUCAGGUGGGCAGUGAUCCUGGCACAGGAACUCUUCUUUCAAGAUGUGCACCUCGAAACAGAUUGUUACUCUUUCUAUGAGGCUUGGCUCAAGGGGGGUGAUGAGACGUAUAUGGGGAUGUUAAUUCGUGAUUGUUUACUUCUUUCUGGCAAUUUUCGUUCUUUUCAUGUAUCGUUUAUUAGGAGAACUGGAAAUAUGGCCGCUGAUUUCAUGGCGAAGUUGGCAUACUCUGAUCCUGAGCGUGUUUGGGUUGAGGAUGUGGCAGAAGGCCUAAGUGAUAUCUUGUAUUCUAAUCUUCAUUGCUAA